CUGGUGUCGGCGUGAGGCGAAGCUGGGCCAGCGGGAGGUUGCCCUGUGGGAGUGGAAGGCCCGUUUUUCUCUACCUGGAUUGCACGCGCCUCACGCUAGGAGGGCAGAGCUCAAGAGUUGCUUUGAGCUCACAUUGUUAUGAAAUGUGGAGUCAUCUUUGAUAACUUCGCCUGGGAAAGAAAGUCUUUUUUCUUACUAAAAAAACAACAACAAGAAAAGUAAAUAAGCAGAGGAAUCAUGCUAACUGCCAACUCUACAUUUUUGGUAUCAUCUAUUUUUUAACCCAUCAAUACAAAUGCCUUUAAAGAAGAUGAUUUGUCCAUCAACACUACUCUUAACAACAUUUUAAAAAUCAUCCAUCUUAAACUGUACAGCUCUCGUAAAAUUUAACGCAUAUAAAAAUCUUUAAGGCCUUGUUUAAGUUAGCUUUUUUUUUUUUAAGCUGUCAGACUUUUAACAUUUAUAUACUCUAUUUUUACUUUAAAAAAUCCUCAUAAAAAUUUGUAGUAUCAGGAAAGAUAUGGACUUGGAAACUGGUGUUAUUAUAAUAGACUGUGCUGAAUUUAAGUGGACAAUUCAAGAUACCCAUUUUUUCAUCAGAAAUAUCACAUAAGUAUACAAGUCAAAGCUUUAAUGCCAACAAAUUUGCGUGAAAAUGGCGUGGGUGAAAUUCUUACGGAAACCUGGUGGCAAUCUCGGAAAAGUUUAUCAACCUGGGAGCAUGCUAUCUCUAGCCCCUACCAAAGGCUUAUUAAAUGAACCAGGACAAAACAGCUGCUUUCUUAAUAGUGCUGUACAGGUUUUGUGGCAAUUAGACAUAUUCCGACGAAGCUUGCGGAUUUUAACUGGACAUGUUUGUCAGGGAGAUGCCUGCAUAUUUUGUGCGUUGAAGACCAUAUUUGCGCAAUUUCAACACAGCCGAGAAAAAGCACUUCCCUCAGAUAACAUAAGGCAUGCUCUUGCGGAAAGCUUCAAAGAUGAGCAGCGAUUUCAGCUUGGCUUUAUGGAUGAUGCUGCAGAGUGCUUUGAAAAUAUAUUGGAAAGGAUUCAUUUUCACAUAGUGCCAAGCAGAGAUGCAGACAUGUGUACUUCUAAGUCUUGUAUCACUCACCAGAAGUUCGCUAUGACUCUGUAUGAACAGUGUGUGUGCCGUAGCUGUGGAGCGUCAUCAGACCCUCUACCUUUUACAGAAUUUGUGCGGUACAUUUCUACAACAGCCCUAUGCAAUGAAGUUGAAAAAAUGAUGGAAAGGCAUGAACGCUUUAAGCCUGAAAUGUUUGCAGAAUUGCUGCAGGCGGCCAAUACCACUGAUGACUACAGAAAAUGUCCUAGUAACUGUGGCCAAAAAAUAAAAAUUCGUCGUGUUUUAAUGAAUUGCCCAGAGAUUGUUACAAUUGGUUUAGUCUGGGAUUCUGAUCAUUCUGACUUGACCGAAGAUGUCGUUCGGAAUCUAGCAACACAUCUGUAUCUUCCUGGGCUUUUUUAUAGGGUUACUGAUGAAAAUGCCAGAAAUAGUGAACUUCACCUUGUUGGUAUAAUCUGUUACACCAGCCAACAUUAUUGUGCCUUUGCUUUUCAUACUAAGAGUUCCAAAUGGGUAUUUUUUGAUGAUGCAACUGUGAAAGAGGUUGGAAGUAGGUGGAAAGAUGUGGUCUCCAAGUGCAUUCGAUGCCACUUCCAGCCACUGCUUUUGUUUUAUGCAAACCCAGAUGGCACAGCAGUUUCUACUGAAGAUGCACUCAAGCAGGUCAUCCACUGGUCACAUUAUAAAUCUGUUGUGGAAAAUAUGGGAUGUGAAAAGCCCUUGAUUUAUAAGUUGGAUAAUUCAAAAGAAAAUGGAUUUGCCGAUAAAGUAAAGCAGAAAGAAAGUCAGAAAUUUCAAACAGAUAAUAUUUCAUCAUUUAAUCGGAGCCACGUUCAAACAAGUGGAGGUAGAGGACCAGUUAAAUUAAGUCAUGGUGAUCAAAGGGAGAAGAUAAAAGACAUUUCCAGAGAAUGUGCUAUGAAAGCCAUUGAACAGAAAAAUUUUCUUUCCUCGCAAAGGAAGGAUUUGGAGAGGGGACAAGGAAAAGAUUUGGGCCGACAAAGAGAUUUUGCUGAUGAAGACCUUUCUCAUUUCAAGUCUGGAUUGCCUCCUGCCCCAAAUGGUUUUAGAGAAUAUGGAAAUCCACAUUUAUGUCAUAGCCAAGGAAAGGGUCUAUGUAAACAUGACCGAAUUGUCCACCACAGUCGAGCUUCUGCACAAAUGCUAAGUCCAAGUAAAUCGCAGAAUCUUCCUCUAGGAGAGAAGAUAACUGGCAAAGUUAAGAGUGAUGGUGGCACAGGAUGUGAUACAGACAGCAGCCAAGAUUCUAGGGAUAAAGGAAGCAGCUGUAAUAGCAUCAGUAAAAGCCGGAACCGAGGCUGGAAACCUAUGAGAGAAACAUUAAAUGUUGACAGCAUUUUCAGUGAAAGUGAAAAAAGGCAGCAUAGUCCAAGACAUAAAUCAAAUAUCAGCAACAAACCUAAAUGUAGCAAAGAUCAGAGUUUUAACAACUGGCCAAAAGAGAAUCCAAAGCAAAAAGGUUUAAUGACCAUAUAUGAAGAUGAAGGAAAGCAGGAAACAGGAAGCAGGAGUUCCCUUGAAUCUAAUGAAAAAGGAGCAGAGAAAAAUAAAGGCCACAGAGAGACUAAAGUUCAUGGUGACAGUUGGCAGAUGCAAAGGACUGAGUCAGGAUAUGAAAGCAGCGAUCAUGUCAGCAAUGGCUCUGCUAAUCUGGAUUCCCCUGGGGUUGAUGGAACUGCCGCAGUAAUGGAUAUCAGCGGUAUUAAAGAAGCAGCAGCCUUCAGUGACCAGAUUAAGUCAAACAACCUAAAUAUAGAACAUGCGGAGUGUAUCUCUCAUCAGAGCAAAAACCCCUUGGAAGGUUUUAGAAAAGACUUCAAGAACUUGGAAGUAGGUUAUAAAUCUCAUGAGUUCCACCCAGAAUCAUCACAUCUGCAAAUAAAAAAUCCUUUAAUUAGAAGGUCACAUGCACAUGAAACCAGUGGAAAGUUAUUCCCUUCAUCCAGUCCACAAAUACCCAAGGACCAUACUGUAAGAGAGCACAUCCGUCAGUCAGGUGAACAGAAGCUUGAAAAAUCAAGUGAAUGCGAAUUUUCUGAGUGGGUUAAUAUGGAAAAUUCUGAGAGAACAGGUUUACCUUUUCAUGUUGAUGAUCAUUCUGCUUCUGGAAAGAGAGUGAACACUAAUGAAAUAAUUUCACCAUCUCCAUUGUGGUCGUCACACACAAGAACUGUUGGGUUAAAGCCAGAAACUGCUUCCAUCAUGCAGCCGCAAAAUAUGAUGGAACAAUGUUACUCUGAGAACUCUUUAUCCAGGGAACAUGCAAGUCAGUCAGUCUGCAGAUCUGAUGGCUGUCAGAUGCCAAAACUUGUUUGCCAGAAUCUACCGCCUCCUGUGCCACCAAAGAAACAUGCUGCAACUAGUGUGCCAGAGUCAGAGAAAAAUGAAUCCACACCUGAUGUCAAACUUACAGAGAUGUUUAAAGCUAAUUCUUUGAGUCUUCCAAAGCACAGUGAAAGUACAGUUUCAGAACCCGGUUUAGAAGUAAGUACAUACAUAAAUGAUGAAACAUUUCAAGUGAAAGAGUAUGUUGGCAACAAACCAGACUACCAGUCCAGCUCUUCAACUCAUGAUUUUCAGGCAGAUGUAGGUGCAGUUGUUGACGCGUUUUGCCAGCCAGAACUAGAUACUGGUUCUACGUGUCCAAGUGAGACAGUUUCAUUAACUACCUACUUUUCAGUUGACAGCUGCAUGACUGAUACAUAUAGACUGAAAUACCACCAGAGGCCCAAACUCUGUUUCCCGUAGAGCAGUAGGUUUUGUAAUAAUUCACUCUCUCAUACUGAAAGAGGGCUAGGACCUGUGUUACAUAAUAGUAUUGGUUCAGGUUGUCCAAAAAUAAAAAUGUAGCAUACAUUGCAAUGGAUAAAUGAUGGAAAUUGGCAAGCUUGAACUUCUCAGAGGCUGUUAAAAUGAGAAAUAGAAACGUAUUGACCAUACCUAGUGAGAUACAGAAAAUGAAAAACAUGGCAAUUUUAAAUUAUAUAUAUAAUCUUUUUGUGUGAUCAACUUAUUGAAAAUUUUAAAGUUCCCUUUAAUAGUUUUGCAUGCCUUGAAAAAUAGAAAAUCGGGGUAUGCAAAAGUUGUUUAUCAUAUGCCACAGCAGAAUAAAAAUUAAAUUUGUCCCUCUUUUAUGUGGCUUACAUACAUAUUAAAGUAACCCAUAAGCAUGUAUAUAGAUUUGUAACUAUGCUAAUUGAAAAAUAACAGGUGAUGCAUUGUCUAGUCAAAGCAAAAUUUGCUUUAUGAAGAAGCACUUUCUAAUGGGUAACCAAAAGAGGGCUUCACCCAUUUGUUUUUGACUUCUGUGAUAGUCUACUACAUACGAUCUGUUUAAGUGUCUUAAAAAAAAAAUAACCCAUGAAAUACAUAGCAUUUGGGGGAGAAAAAUGCCUUAACGAUUAGAAAUUUUUUAAUUAAAUUCUCAAGGUCAGUACAGAAGAAACUUAAUUUUGUUCCUAGAACUUUUAUCUUCAGAAUGCCUAAUUAACAUACAUUUGAUUAUUGUAUGCAGUAAUAUUACUUCAGCCAUGUAAGCUAAAAUAGUUAAGAUACUUUAGUAUAUUAUUUAUCUUGUUACAUUUGUUUCUAAUUUUAUAUGAAAUGUGAAAGGUUUUUAUUUUGGUUUGGUUUACUUUGGGCUGCUAAUAACCAGUGUUAGUGAUUAGCGUAGGGCCCUCUCAUUGCGAAUGUCACUGUGACUGCCUGAAAUUCCCCGGCUAGUCUCACCUGAUUAUAGGUUGUCAAUACAGUUUAUAGAUUGUCAUAUUCUUGAAACUGUAAAUCUGCCUGGGUUUCCAGAUUAAAUUUCUGCCAUUCAUAUAGAGGGUUUAAUUUUAAUGAAAUGUCUUAGUGAGUGUCCCUCCUUUUUUCUACUCUAAAUAACCAGUAAUUUUACUCCCAGUUUUAUGUUCGUGGAGAGGGCUUUGUUUAAAAAAAAAAUGAAUUUUCCAUUACUGUAUGACCUUACAAGUGAAAAUAAGUUAUUUUAAUGCCUUAUUUCAUUAGUUGCCAUUUUAUUCCAUACUUAUACUAAGCUGGUCUUGAAUAGUUUUAUAUUAUCUAUUCCAGAGGAGUAAGAAUUACAAAAUCAAAAUUAUUAUUACAUUCAUCAAUUGAUAAACUUCAUAAAAAUAAUUUUAUAGAGUAAACUAAUUAGUAAAUUUAAUAUCUUGACUGAUUCCAUAAAAAAUAUUCCAAAAUGUAAAUGAUUAAAAAUGAAUACUUUUAGAUAAAUAGCAAAUAAUUGCAUGUAAACGUUUGACCUCACCCAGUUAACAAAUCUUGGCCAAAUUUUGUCUUCCACUGGUAGAGAAUUUUCAAGUUUUUAAUAGACUUUUCUAACAGUAAGGUGAUUAUUACUUUAUAGUUUAGUUUAGAAAUACUUGAAUACCAACUAAAUUAAAUUUUAUCCUUUAGGAAAGCUUGUUUUUAACAUAACUUUUAGUAUGGAAGGCUUGUAAAUAUUGUAAAGGUUGUAAAAUUGUAUUUGAAAUGUCAGUGUAUUUAAUUCCUGCUUUUUUAUGAGUCGGAAUUGACUCGACAGCACUGGGUUUUUUUUUUUAUAACAAUGUAAAAUACUAGACAAAUAGGUUUACAUCAGGCAUUUUAAUAGCUUUCAAAAACCUUCUGUUUUUCUUUUUAAUUUCUAUUUGUUCGAGAUGUCCAGUUGAAAGUAUAUUAUUAUUUGGAACAUUUAAACUAAUUUCUGAUAUUUUAACGGCAAUCUUAUAGUUUCAUCUUUUCAACUCACAGUUGAAGUUACGAACAUCAAAUAGAAAUGUCCAGUUGAUACCUCCUGAAUUAUGUAACAGUACUAAACAAACUAGAAACUGACUGUUUUUAUGUGGAUUCAACACUCCAAACAUAGAUUGAAUACACAUUUACUACUAAUCCUUCACAUGUAGAAUUUUGACUUCUAAGGUGCCUAUUUAUUUUUAUAAGUGUUUUCAUCUGGUUAUUAUUAUGAAAACUUUUGUAAUGCAACCAAUUGUGUUAAUGCUCAGAUAUCUUCAGAACAUUAUAUUUUCAUGUAAAACUCGUUUCUUCUGGUUCAAAAAAAAACUAAGAUAAACAGAUUUUUAAGUUAAUAUUGUUGGACUUGACUUUGAACAUGGGAACUGUGUCCUCCAAACCACUCCCCCUGCCCCAACAUGGAUUAUGUAUUGUAUGGAAAAUGUAAGUCAAUUUAAAGUUUAAGGUACUUGUAAUUUCACUGAUUAUAAAAUAUUAUCACAGGAGUUUCCUAACAGUGAAACUCCAGCAAGGUCUAAAGCGUAGCUCCUAGAGGAUUCAGCAAACGUUUUCCGUAAAGGACUAGAGAGUAUUUUGGUCUCUGUAACAACUGUUCAACUCUGCCAUUGUAAUGUGAAAGCAGCCAUAAACAACACAUAAAUGGACAGUUGUGUUCCAAUAAAACUUUAUUUAUGGACACUAAUAUUUGGAUUUUAUAUAA